CUGGCUGCAAGAGGGCUAGAAUGGUAGCAGAGGUACCAGCAAACACCUCGUCAAUUCUGUGACUAGCAAAAAACAAAACGACGAUUUUUCAAUGUUUUGAUGCUUAGGUUGUUCCAGAGGACAAAACACCAAAGUUAUUAUAAGUUAAGCCUGAUUUGCCGCAUCUUGUUGUAAGGUGUAAUUUGGGAAAUAGGCGACCACCGAACCCAAACUGUAUAUGUUCAUAUCUAACGGUUAGCUGACAGGCUACAUAGCACAGCCAUUGGGGCAAUGGCGUUGAAAAGAAUCCAGAAGGAGCUGUCAGACCUGCAGAGGGACCCACCUGCACAGUGCUCUGCUGGACCAGUUGGAGAUGAUUUGUUUCAUUGGCAGGCCACAAUAAUGGGUCCAAGUGACAGCCCCUAUCAGAAUGGAGUGUUUUUCCUCACCAUACACUUCCCCACAGAUUAUCCCUUCAAACCACCAAAAGUUGCAUUUACAACAAAAAUCUACCACCCUAAUAUUAACAGCAAUGGAAGUAUUUGUCUGGAUAUACUGAGAUCACAGUGGUCACCUGCACUAACAGUAUCAAAAGUAUUAUUGUCAAUCUGCUCCCUCCUCUGUGACCCAAACCCUGAUGACCCUUUGGUACCAGAGAUUGCUCACACAUACAAGGCUGACAGGGAAAAGUACAACAAAUUAGCAAGAGAAUGGACACAGAAGUAUGCAAUGUGAGAUUGCCAUGGAGAUGGAAAUACAAAAGGAGAACAAGAAAAACAUGUUUGAUUUGUAACUGGAAGCAAAUGAACAGCAAAGGGGGGAAACAAUCUAGAAAAUGGACAACCUUGUGGACAAGGGCAAAAUAAUGAUGUGCUGAGGAUAACCAAUGUGCUGUCCAUUAUGCCUGUAUGGAUCUCAGCAGGACCUGAAGGGCUUGUGGAGGCAAUCCCUUACAGAAUACUGGACACUAUACUCACAGCCCAUAUACCACACUCGGACUUUAAAUUGUUACUCACGCUGUUAUUAUUGCCACCUUCAUACACAUCAUUCAUUGUCAUUUUGUUUUACUGCUUAGUGAGCAAAAUGUUGGAAGGAUUUGCGAAAUUAUAUCACCUUGACCUUUGAGGUACUGCCUGUGUUUCACUGGAUGUCUUCUAGUACUGUAUCUCCAUUUAAUUAGUGGCCUUUCUGUGUUCUAAUUUUCGGUCUACGUGCAAUUGAGGCAGAAUGUUCCCAGUUCACAAUAAUGGUGCAGUGCCAUUACCAGCAGCUGAUUGCAUGGCACAUACUGACUCUUAUUUCCCCCAAAACAAUGUGAAAAUACAACAACAAAGGACUGAUCUGAUACUGUAUCACCCUUUGCGUUUGGAAUCACAACAUGUGGUGGUAUUGAAGGCACUGGAAUGCUAAAUGACCCCUGCUCCUCAAAGGUCAGAUGGCAAUUACAUUUUUCUCUCACACUGUCAUUGCUCAUAAGAAUCCAUUCAUUGCUCCUCUGCCAAAUGUUACUGUUACAUUGCUGGUAUGGUCACAGAUACUCAGUACAUGGCUACGCUGUGUGUUUACUCCUCAAUACAUUUACUCAGGUAUUGAACUGAAUCAUCAGCCUUUUAUAAGCAGUGACCCGUGGUGAGAAAAAGUACCCAUACUGUUAGCUCUCCUUGUAUAUUCCUAAAACAAAAUAAUGUCCUAAAGGCAAACUGAUAUUUGUUAUUUUAUGAAAGUAUUACUUUUGUUGGCAAGAGGGUCCCCUUCACACUUUUCACCUUUUACAUUUAUUUUCUGAACAAACUAUUGAUGUGAACAACUUUACAACGUACAUGCUACUGAUGCUUUUGUGUUGAUACUGUAAAGUGGAACUGAAGUAACGCUUUUCAGGGUAAGUUAGACAUUUUCAUCAUUUUUGUCAGUGUCAGGUGUAAUAAUCAUAAUUACACAUCUGCACAAAUAUAUAUUUUUUUGUGGUAAACAACCUCAGCUGACAGUUGACCGGUUUAUCUGGUUGCAACAUUUGUGUUUUCUUUACAAUUUUUAGUUUUAGCCAUUUCAUGUUAAUGUCAUCUGAUCAUGAUUGGAAUGUGUCAUAAAAUAAUCUUAGUUGGAAUAUGAUACCAUUGUUACUAUUGGAUAAACUAGUUAGGAUGUGCUAUUUUUGUUUUCAUCAAUGUGCUGAUGCUGCCAAUAUAAAGGGAAUUAUUUAAUAGCAUAAUGGGGAAUAAAUGCAUCAUUUUACCCAUCCAAAAUAGUCCAUAGCAUGAAAAUAUAGUAGCUUUAUUAUUAGAUUUUAGAUCAUGUUUUAGAUCUCAAAUAUAGUUUGUCAUUGGUAGUUUUAAGGAAAAUUGUCCUAAUCACAGUAUAAUAACGUUUUGAAAAGCUACAUUGAAGUAAAGGUCAUUUUUCUCCUG